UACGGCGACGUCGCCGCCAUAUUGGAAGUGGCUUUCUAAAAGAUGCCUCACUCAUGUGCAGCUUUGGGCUGUAAACACAGAUGCAACGCCGAAAGCAGAUCCAAGGGAAUUACCUUUCAUGGGUUUUUCACCCUUGUAAGUUUUCCGAAAGCUAUCGAGCUGAGGAAGCAGUGGGAAGCUGCCCUGAGAAGGAAAGGAUUUACUGCCAGUACGGCUUCCAGGUUGUGCAGUGAGCACUUCAGAAAGGAGGACUUCGACACAACCGGCCAGACUGUCAGAAUCCGAAGUGGAGUUGUUCCGUCUGUCUUCAAUUUUCCAGAUCAUGUGCAGAGGAUAUCAUCAGACUAUAAAGCUCGACAAGCCCCACCAAGGACAACCAGGACUUCAAAGAAGGCUCAAGAGAGCCUGCCAGUGACCUGUUUCCAGUCCAAACAAGAGCCUAAACCUCCGCCUGUGCCUAAUGUUGACCACUCCUAUGCACUGCCUACUCCUAGUGAUCUAAAGGCCAGACUGGAUGAAGCCUUGGCGAGAGUGGAAAGUCUGGAAAGAGAGAAGAGGAAUGCGAAGGAUCGAGAACGGAGAGCUAAGAACAUGGUGUGUGGUUUACUGGAGGCUCUGAAGAGGAAAAGGCUGAAAGAAAUGCAAGCCUCAGCUGCCUCUAAAAGGAAAAAAACAGUCCACACGAAUAAAGAAAAACUGUAAUCUUGAUUUUUCAUUCUGUUGUGUUUAAUAUUAGCUAUACCUGUACUAUCAUCUGAUUUUUUUUUUUUUUUUUUCAGAGGAAGCAGAAAUUCCUUUAAGUGUUUGAUUGGUCACUGAAGCUGUCAUUUAGUAUUGAUUAAGUAAUCUAUGAAAAACUGACUUGCAUAAUAUAUUGGGCAUGUUUGUAAUGGUAACACAAUAAGAUUUCUAUCCUGUAUAGAUUUCUUUUGUACAGUCAAAUAUUGCCUAUAAUUUUCUCUCAUGGAGUUUAUAUUGUUAAGAAAGAAAAGCAUACAUGCCAACAGUUUUAAUUAUGACAAGUGUUGACUAUUUCUUUAAUAAAG